AUUUCCAUCAAAGGGAAGGGUGCACUAUGUGGAAUUGCAUAUUGAUAAAAAAGAAGCCAUAUUCACUUGUUCUGAAUAUCCGGUCUUUCUAACAGCAUUAUUUUGAAGGAUGCAGCCGGAAGUCGUAGCGUUGAUUGUCCUAUUCGUCGCUUGAUUAACAGACUACGUUGGUUAUUGUACUGUCACCGUGUGGGACGAUACAGGAAAUUCAGUACUACAACAAACCAAAGAGCCUGGCUGGAUUUCAUCAUGUGCGGAAGUUGAGAGAGUACCGGGCUGUGUUAGUGUCUGCUCUGUACUCAACCUUCACGUCACACUCAACAGACGUUCUACGACACCAGUUAUUUCGAAGAUCGAGAAUGGACGACCGUCCCAACGAAACGCCGCUGUUUACAUUCGGCGUGAUAGCUGACAUCCAGUACGCAGAUAUCGACGACGGAUACAAUUACACCCGGACGAGGAGGCGGUACUACCGGAGCAGCCUCCAGCUGCUGAGAAAUGCACAGAAAAGCUGGUCCGAGUCGGCUAUCAAACCAGAGUUUAUCCUCCAGCUGGGAGACAUUAUCGACGGCUUCAACAAGGGCCACGACGCCUCUGACCAAGCGCUGGACACCGUGCUGAGAGAGUUCAGCUCCAGUCGUGUUCAGGUCCACCAUGUGUGGGGUAACCACGAGUUUUAUAACUUCAGCAGGAGCGCGCUGCUGCGUUCGAGGCUCAACAGCACGCUCCACACGGAGAGAUGCCUGAGCGAAGUCCAGGCUGGCAGUGAGAUGUACGCCUACCACUUCAGCCCGGUACCCGGGUUCACGUUCGUUGUGCUGGAUGCUUACGAUGUGAGCCUGCUGGGCAGAGAGAAGUCCAGUGAAGAGUACAGCGAUGCUAUGAAUGUGAUAAAACAGCACAACACCAACGAGGAUCUCAACUGUCCCCCAGUGUGUAAUGGCCUGCUGCAGAGGUUCACGAUGUUCAACGGUGGGUUCAGUAAGGACCAGCUGGACUGGCUGGAUUCUGUUCUGUCCUUGGCCGAUGACAAACGGGAAAGAGUCACAAUUAUCAGUCACCUCCCUGUCCACCCCUGCUCCACAGAUGACAUCUGCCUCGCCUGGAACUUCGAGGAGCUCCUGGCCAUCAUACGGUCCCACAGCAGUGUGGUGUGUUUCAUGGCUGGACACGACCACGACGGUGGAUACUACCAGGACAAAGACACAGGAGUGCACCACAUGACGUUAGCGGGGGUGAUUGAGACUCCACCUGACAGCAACGCCUUUGGCACAGUGUCUGUGUAUGAGGACAGGAUGGUGCUGAAGGGGAACGGGAGGAUCACUGACCGACGCUUUCUGUUUCCCAUUCCAAGUGACACAGAUCAUGCGGCGAUAUGACGCAUGCUGUUAUUAAGAUUCAUGCAAUACUGAAGCUGUCAAGGAAAUAUAAUGUCUGUGUUUGGAGAGGUUUCCUGCAUGGCUCAUCUAGAGGAUGUUUGUUACAUUCUCUGGAGAAGUCUAGGAAUUUUACACUGGUCACUUUACAGUUUUACUCCGAUGAAAAACACUCACAAAUUAACUCACUUCAUUAGUGGAAGUACUGUCAUUUUUCAUUACUUUAGUUAUAAGAAGAGCCAAGGUGGAAAUACUUUCAAUUGUGAAGCAAUGACAACUAUUUCAAAAACACAGAGCCACAUUCUGUGUUUUUAGAGUGUCCACUUACCUCAGCAAAGCAAAUGCAGUACCUCAAAUACUUGAUUGCACUUAUGAGUUUAUAUUAUUUAUUAUCCGGACAAAGUGUGAAGUAUAUCUUAUACACUGGUUGUGUUUUCAUUUGGAGUUUAAAUGAUAUCACUUGCAUAUUUAUACACACAUUUUAAGAAUGAAUAGAUUUGUAUUGAUGCCUUUCUGCAUGUUGCAGAUUGCACAUACAGAAAAUGAUUUUCUUUUACUGUUAAUUGCAGAGCAAUUUAUUGUGCAAUGUAGUGAGAUUUGAUCGGUGCAGUGUAUUGCUAACCACCUGAUAUAAAUCCCAGUUAGAAGUUAGAAGUUCUGCACAAGAUGAUUCACAAUGUAAAACAAUAUAACGAAUAAUAAAAAAUAUACCAUCAUUAGUUCUGUGCAGAUCUAAA